CCGUAACCCCUCUUUCUCCCCUCUCCUCUCAUCUCUUCUUUCCCUGGCUGAUAAAUUUUGCUAUUUUUGCGAAGCAAUCUUUCGCGUGUAUUCGAUCCCCAUGUGUCCUAACGGGGAAGGCUAUGCAGAAUGGGUAGAUUGUCGGCAAUGUGUCGCACGUGCAUCCAAUACAGAAAUGGCGGUAAGCCGUGGCUGUGCCCCUUGUGUCGGGCUGACAAGAUCCCCACCGAGGCUCGCUUUUUGGAUGCCACGUCAGAAGGGCUGGAAAAGAUCCGGAAGUUUAGAAGGGUUGAAGUUUGGACCGAUAUCGCUUUGAUUGCCACCUUAGUGGGUAACCGCCUCCAGGAUUUCACCAAGGAAGAUCGAAGGAGGGCUAAUGAAAGGGCUCGGGAUUAUCAAUGGGUCGAGGUGGAGACUCUGGCGCGAGCACUCGUCGAGUUGUCGGUGUGCCUGGUCGGAAAACGUAGCACGUGGACAAGGGACGAAGACCAUCGCGAGUGGAGCGAGUAUCUAGAGUGGCUGAUUAUCCAGGCCUGGAGAACGGACGUGGAGGGCGAUCUUCUUGGAUUCCUAUUCGGAUCUGUGUGGCCCAGUCAUCGCCAGCCAAUCGUCCUAGAACUCACGGUCCCGCUCGCGCAGCUAGCCGACGAUCUUCCCCUGGAGAUCGUCUCGCAAAGUGGCGAGAGCCCGGUCCCGCACGUUCUCACGUGGACCUUGGUGCCAUACCUUCAGUGGUCCGCGUGCCUGGAGGAGCCGGGAAACGACCGCAACGCGCCCUCGCAGCGGGAUUAUCUGAGCCCACGAGAGAUCAUCGAUCCCGCCUACUUUCGGGAUCGAACGGCCACCGAGCACGAGGCGAUAGCAGAAGAAGAAGAAGAAGCAGAAGAAGAAGAAGAAGAGGAGGAGGACGACGAGGAAGAAACUCCCGAAGAAGAGGGUUACAGUGAGCACAGUGAAGGUGAGCAGAGUGAGGCGGAGGAGGAGGAAGAAGAAGAACACGACGAUCAGGAGGAGCUAGAAGAGUCCGAGUGGGAAGGAUUCAAGGAGGAAGUGCUUGCGGAGGAGCUCGAGCGAACAGAAGCAGAGCAGGCGAAAGACCCCGAGGCGGUGCGCAAAAGAGAAGAGAUCGUGGCCGGAAAGCGACAGCUGGAAUUCGCCAGCGAAGCCAAUCCGCCGACCACCGACGAUCCGACCCGAGAUCCCUAGCCGCUUAAGCCCGAGGAUGGGGACCCAGCAGCCGAGACUU